AUGUUUUUAAAGCCAUAUCAAUAUGGAAAUAAAACAAAAUAUGUAUAUGAUUUAUUUAAACGAAAUUAUAAUUUAAAAAAAUUGACUAUUCAAAUGGAAAAAAAUCCACAUAUGAAAAAUAUUGUAGAAGAACAAUUAAAGAAAAAAGAAUCUCAAGGAAUAUUAAAACGAUUAAUUGAUAAACGUACAAGUGAAUACAAAGAAUAUUUUUCUCAUUCUUCUGAUCCAUCAGUGAUUAAACGAUCAAAACAUAUAUCAUAUGAUCAUAUUGGACAAAAACGUGCAAUACAUUUAAGUAAAAUCUUACGAGCAUUUGUUGCUGAUCGUAUUGGUUCAGGUGAAAUUGGUGAUAUAUUAGCUGGAAAGAAUUUUCAAUUAACAAAUAUUAUUGUUCCAGUUGAUUUAAAUCGUAUUGAAAUUUUAUGGUGGUCACCUGAACAAGAAGCAAAUAUUAUUGAAGAUCUAUUAAAAACGGCUGGUGAAGAUUUAAGAACGGCUAUUCGUCAUGCACAAUUAUUACCUAGUUCACCACCAGUCAUUUUUAAACGAGAUAAUUUACGUGUUGAACGUGAUCAAAUUAAUUAUUUACUUGAUACAGCUGAUAAAGGAUCAUCAGAUGAGACUUCAAUUAGUAGUAAUUCUAUAAAACGUAAUGAUUUAUAUGAUAGUGAUCGUACAAUUAUUCUACGAAAAUUAUCUAAUCAAACUUCAAUUGAUGAAGAUAAUAAUAAUGAUGUACAAACUGAUAUAAGUCAAUUAACACCUGAACAAAUGCAACGACGUAUGAAAGCAUUUGCAUUAACAAAAAGAAUGAAACGUGUACAAGAACAACGAAGUGCUAUGUAUGGUAUAAUGGCUAUUGAAAAAGAAAGACAAAAUGAAGAACAUUUUUCAUUAAAUCAAACUACAGAUGUUGAAUUUGAACAGCAGACAAACGAGAAGAAAUCAGAAUAA